AUGACAAUCGAUGGACAGGAGCCGUUAGUGACUGGAUUCCUCGGGAUGUCAAACGUACUGCAGGAAGAUCGCCAACCCGAUGGCCAGUGUUCUUCACAAAGAGCCUUGAAAAAAGAUACGAUGCUCGGUGGAUCUCUAGAGCGAGCAGAACCCACUGGGCAACUCUUAAACGCGACAGGGAAAAGCGGAGGACUUACUGGUGCGCGUUCGAGUCACUCGACGAUCAGUGGGACUACAGGUGAUACAGAUGAUAGAGGUGUUCUCUAUAGUGAAUCCGCAAAAGUCCGUUCUCUAAAAUUUUGGAACACUAUUGAUUGA